AGCAGCGGCGGCAGCAUGUCGGGGCCCGAGGAGCGGGAGCCCGGCGGCGGGGGCGGCGUGGCGGCGGCCGGCGUGGUGGGGGAGGCGGCGGGGCCCGGCCCGGGGGGCGCGGAGGAGCCGGGGCCGCCGCUGCUGCUGCUCGGGGCUGGCGGGGCGGGAGGAGGGGGCGGCGGCGGCGGGGCCCGGCAAGGGCAGCCCGAGCCCGGCGCCGACCGAGACUCCGACGCGCCGCCCAAGAAGCGACUGAAGCUGCCGGGCGGGGCCGAGGGAGGCGGCGGCGGCGUCAAGCUGGAGGAGCGGCUCUACUCGGUGCUCUGCUGCACGGUCUGCCUCGACCUGCCCAAGGCCUCCGUCUACCAGUGCACAAAUGGCCACUUGAUGUGUGCUGGAUGUUUCAUCCACCUCCUGGCAGAUGCCCGGCUGAAGGAGGAGCAGGCCACAUGCCCCAAUUGUCGCUGUGAGAUCAGCAAGAGCCUGUGCUGCCGAAACCUGGCCGUGGAAAAGGCGGUGAGCGAGCUGCCGUCCGAAUGUGGCUUUUGCAUGCGGCAGUUCCCUCGCUCGCUGCUGGAGAGGCAUCAGAAAGAAGAAUGCCAGGACAGGGUCAGUCGGUGCAAGUACAAGCGGAUCGGGUGCCCGUGGCAGGGUCCUUACCACGAGCUGACCGUCCACGAGGCGGAGUGCACGCACCCGACCAAGACUGGGAACGAACUGAUGGAGAUUCUGGAUGAGAUGGACCAAACCCACAAGAAGGAGAUGCAGCUGUACAACAGCAUCUUCAGCCUGCUCAGCUUUGAGAAGAUUGGCUAUACAGAAGUUCAGUUCCGUCCUUACCGAACCGAUGACUUCAUCACGCGCCUCUAUUACGAAACGCCGCGGUUCACAGUGCUGAACCAGACCUGGGUGCUGAAGGCCCGGGUGAACGACUCGGAGCGCAACCCCAACCUCUCGUGUAAGCGGACCCUCUCCUUCCAGCUCAUCCUCAAGAGCAAGAUCAGCUCCCCCAUGGAGUGCUCGUUCCUCCUGCUCAAAGGCCCUUACGAUGACGUGAAAAUCAACCCCGUGAUCUAUCACUUUGUCUUUACCAACGAGAACAACGAGACAGACUACGUGCCGCUCCCUAUCAUAGACUCCGUGGAAUGUAAUAAAUUGCUGGCAGCCAAGAACAUCAACCUACGUCUCUUUAUAUUCCAGAUACAGAAGUAAGCGUAGCAAAGCUCGGCCCUUUCCGGAGUGACCGAGAGAGAAAGAGAGAGAG